AUGUCAAGAGGAAGAAUUUGUGAAGCUCUUAUUGAGAAGAGCUUCACAUUGAAUCAUAUCUCUUUUUUAUCAUUCCAGGGCAUUCAUCCAUCAAUUAAAGGGGUAGUAUGGGAAUUUUUGUUGGGGUGUUAUAAUCCCAACAGUACCUCUGAGGAACGAGGAGCCCUCAGGGCAAAGAGGAGGGAACGGUAUGCUUCAUGGAAAGAGGAAUGUAAAAAGAUGGCACCCAUUGUUGGUAGUGGGAAGUUUGUGAUGUCACCUAUAAUCAAUGAUGAUGGAAAACCAAGAGAAUACAAUGGAAUGGAAUUGGCAGAUUCUGAUGCCGAUUCCGACAAGAAAGUGACUCAGUGGAAACAGAGCUUUCAUCAGAUAGGUUUGGAUGUAGCACGCACAGAUCGUUCUCUUGUUUAUUAUGAGAAUGAAGCUAAUCAAGCCAGGUUAUGGGAUGUUCUUGCUAUAUAUACUUGGGUAGAUGAUGAUAUUGGUUAUGUUCAAGGAAUGAAUGAUAUAUGUUCCCCAAUGGUUAUUCUUUUGGAAGAAGAAGCAGAUGCAUUUUGGUGCUUUGAGCAUGCGAUGCGUAGAGUGAGAGAAAAUUUCAGGUCUAAUGCAACUUCUAUGGGAGUGCAAUCACAACUUAGCAUACUUUCACAAGUUAUGAGAGUUGUUGACCCAAAGCUUCAUCAACACCUUGAAGGGUUGGAUGGUGGAGAAUAUUUGUUUGCAAUUCGUAUGCUAAUGGUGCUUUUCAGAAGGGAAUUUUCCUUUGUAGAUGCGUUAUAUCUAUGGGUGGUUAUGUGGGUCAUGGAGUAUAAUCCAAACAUGUUUGUGCAUUAUGCUUCAAAUGGUUCGAAUGAAGUUGUUGUAACAACAAAAUUAAGCAAGAAAAUGCUGCAACAGUAUGAGAGAAAAAACAUGAAGAAUGGACGCACAGAUCAAAAAAGUCUUCUUGUUGUUUUCUUGGUUGCAGGUGUUCUAGAAACCAAAAAUAAGAAACUCUUGAUGAGGCUAAGGGCCUAG